ACCCGCCCUCGGCGCGCUCAUGUGCCUCAUGAAGUAAAGUGUGUUUUGACGCCGAACCGAGCAGUGCCUGUUUCACGCUGGACUGAAGAAGCAUUACAGUGUAUCAAAGUUAUGGAAAAAGUUAGCCUUUAUUAAUUCAGAACGGUGCGUGAAAACUAUUUUUGUAACUCGAGCUGCCUCUACUGCCUGAGUAAGAAGAGGGAGGAGCCGCUCAAAUCAACUUGAGUUCAUAUCUUAUCAUAAGACACCAAACCAAACCAGCGCCCUGCUGCCUGCGACCACACAGCUGCUCCACUGAGGCGAAGCUCACCGAGACAGACCAGACCAGUCUGCCAACAAAUAGCGGCACGAUGGGGGAUUUGAUCUCAACUCAUCUGGAUGAAAGCAAACGGGAGGUUAUAACAGCACGGACAGGGGAGCUGAUGGGAGAGUUUGGCCGGCUCUAUGAACGGCAGUAUGCAGUUGCUCUCUUCAAUCAGAUGCGUUAUGAUGUCGAGGGUGGAGGAGGUCCUCAGCCUCAGCUGCUGCACAGGAAGGUGCCUCUUAAGAACAAGUCCAUCUUCUCAGGAGCUUUAUUUCAGUAUCUAGAAGAGAAUAAAAAGUGGAGGAAUCGUUUUCUCUUUAUUCCUGACUCCUACAACAUCAACUAUUAUGAAAACAAACAGGCCCAUGAGCGAGGGCUGCAUCCAAAAGGCAGCAUUAACUGUGCUGGUUACAGAGUCCUGACCUCUAUGGAAGAAUAUUUGGAGCUCCUAAACACCAGCCUGCCAGGUGUGAAGGCUAAAGUUGGCAGUUCUCCAUUCCUGAAAUGUGCGACUCAGUUCCCACUCAUCCUCUGGCACCCUUAUGCUCGUCAUUAUUAUUUCUGUGUGGUGACCGAAAAGGAGCAGCAGAAGUGGAGCGCUGUCUUUCAAGACUGUGUCCGGCACACAAACAAUGGUUUGCCUGAGGAGUGUAAAGUUCAGACUCCGGCGUUCACAGAUGCAGUGCGACUUUAUCGACAGUCUCAUGGUCAUUAUGGAACCUGGGAUAUGAUGUGUGGGAAGCCUCCACAGAUCCUCGCUAAUCUGGUCAUGGAGACCCUCCUCCCUGAGAUGAGAGACCUCAUAACUCCGAAACUGAAGGGCAAGAUGCAUGAGAGACAGAAGAACUGGAUGCUGAUAUCAGAUGCAGUGUACGGCCUGGUUCAGAGUCAGGCUCAGGCUCAGUAUGAAGCUGUAGUGCAGAGCUGUGAAGCAGGUCGACCUCCUCUUGAAACCACCAUCCGCACAGACAUGGACCAGAUCAUCACUUCCAAAGAACACGUGACCAGCAAAAUACGAGGGCUUGUGCUGCCCAAAGCAGAGAAGCUUCUAAAGGUCAGCAUCCAGCCAUACAUCAGCUCAAUCCUGGACGCUCUGAUGGAGCCCACGAGCCGAGGCUUCUUCGAGGUGCGAGACCUGUUCUUCAGAGAGCUGGUGGACAUGAGCAAGAAUCUCCUCAAUGAUGGAAACAAAGAGAAACUCGGCGAGCACAUGGACAAGAUCUCCAUGCUGGCCUUUCAUCCAGUGAAGAUGCAGAACGGCUAUGAGAAGAUGGAGACUCUGAGUUUAGAGGGACUCCAGCAGCGAUUUGACGUUUCCAGCCCGUCUGUGUUUGUCCAGAGAGCUCAAAUCCUAAUGCGAGAGCAAAUGGAUGACGCGGUGUACACGUUUGAGCAGCUGCUGCACCAGAGUUUGGAGGACCAGGAAGGAGAAGAUCUCUGUAAAACCAUCCAGCGCUGCCAGGAUCGGGUCAUCAAGAAAUUUGACUAUGACAGCAGCACUGUUCGUAAGAAGUUCUUCAGAGAGGCACUUCUGCAGAUCUUCAUCCCCUACAUGCUGAAACAGCUCUCCCCAUCAUGCUCUGCUGAGCUCCCUCGCUUCCAAGAGCUCAUUUUUGAGGAUUUCUCUCGUUUCAUUCUGGUGGAGAACAUCUUUGAGGAAGUGGUCCUGCACACGGUCAUGAAAGAUAUAAUGAUGGCGGUGAAGGAAGCAGCAGUCCAGAGGAGACACAACCUAUACCGAGACAGCAUUGUUUUGACCAACAGCGACCCAAACCUUCACCUCCUGGCAGAAAACCCUGCCAUCGACUGGGCUGAGGAGUAUGGAGGAGGCCAGGAGGAGGCAGGUGGAGAAAACGCUGGAGAUCCCGAAGCUCAGAAGAGGCGCAGGAUGAAGCAGGUGGUCUCCAUGAUCCAGUUAGAGGGCACCGCAUCAGUGCUGCCCCACGAGUCAUGUCUGGAAGUGCCCAACGUGGGCAAAAUUCCAGAGGAGGAGACCGAGGUACAUUCAGACACCUCAUUAUCCCAAAAAUCGGAGAAGCAAGUGCCCAACGGAACCAAAGAGGAUGUGAACAGAAAUGCGGUUGAGGAGAAGCCACCUACAAAUAGAAGUCCGCAAAAAGAGGAAGAGAAAACGAUGGAAAAUUCACCACAGGACACAGAGAGCAAGUCAGCAAUAGAUUGUGCCAUUCAAGAAAUCGACAAAGCAGUUCAGGAAGAGGAACAAGAGAAUCGGACACAGAAAGAGGAAACCGAGAUAAAAGCAGACACUCAUUUACAAGAAAUGGAAGGAAGUACAAAUAAAGAUCCACCUUUAGGUUCAGAGGAUUCAGCCGUUAGGGAAGUGGAGGCCGUGACGGCAUCAGAUCAACAGGAAAAUCACAUUACGGAGGGUAAUCAAGACUCCCACACGGAAAAGCCCAUCUGUUCGUUACAGCAGGACGACAGUGGAGUCCAGUCGCCCGCUAAUGAGGUAAAAGUAGAGGAGCAUCCAAUGGAAAAGCAGGAAUGUAAUGACGCUGAGACAGGAGAGGACACUGGGAAGGGAGAAAGUGCACACGUGGAUCACAAGUGAAAAGACGAUUCAGUUAAUGUGUUUGUAUACCUGCAAACAUUGAGGAAAUGCAUUACACAUUGCUCUUAAAGGGAUAGUUCACCCAGGUAUGACUAUUAACUCACUGUUUACUCAACCACAAGUAGUUC